AUGUUUUAAGAAAUAAUACCUUCAUUAAUGGUUUAUUAUCAGCACUUGGAUCGUACAAUAAAGGACAUUUAAUAAUAGAUAUUACAGAUGGAAACUAUAACAAAUAAAACUAAUUCACAUAGAAGACCACUUGAAAUGAAAUAUAUGUAACACAAAUCAUCACUUCCAUCUACUUUUCCAGAAAUUAAUAAUGAUAUUGAUAAAAUUUUAUAAACAGCUGAACAAUUUUUAUCAGAUCCUAACAAAACUUAAAUCGAACCAAAGAAAUAAGAAAAACAAGAUUUUGAAUAACCAAAAAGAAAAUUAGAAUCAUUAAAAUAAUCAAAUAAUAAAAAGCAAAUAUUAUCUCGUAAAGUAAGCUAAAAAAAGUUAUCUCCUUCAAAAUUAUCUAUGCAUAAACGAUCUGGAUCAUUAUAUAAAUAAGAAGUGACACCUAAAGUUACUUAAGUUUAAUCAAAGUAUCCAAUUUAAUAAAGAGAAUAAACAAAAUCCUUUAAAGAUUAAAGUAGAUUAAUUAAGUAAUCUCCUACAAAAUCAAUACAUGAAAAAAAUUCAAUUCUUAUUGAAGAUUAAAGUAAAGCAAAACCACCUAUACCUAUCGCUUAACCAGUACGAAAAUAACCAUCUCAACCUUAUUUAUAACUACAACCUAUUCCUUAAUAAUAAUAAUAGUAAUAAAAUUUGAAUUCUUCAUAUUCAUAAUAAUAAUAAUCAUAAUAAUAAACAAAUAAUAAAAUGGAGAAUAAUUAAUAAUAAUAAUAAUUAUUACUAUAUUAAUAAUAAUAAUAAUUAUAAUAAUAAUAAUAAUAGAAUGCAUUGAAAAAGCUUGAUAUUCAUGGAUAUAAGGAUUUGAGUAGAUUGAAAAGAAUGAAGGAUGCUAUUUUUGUAGAGUAUUAAUAAAGCUAUUCAUAUUUCAGAGAAAAGGAAUAAAAAGCAAGAGCUAGAUUUCUUACCAAAUUUCAUCAGCAUAUGAAUGAGAGAAGGAAAUUGUUAUAAUCCUCUGCUUAUGGUGAUAAAUAGACUUUUUUCUUUCUUAGUGAUUAAAUACAUCCUUAAUUCUUUUCAUUCAUAGAAGAAUAAUUAACUAUAGGAUAACCGAAGACUCUUCUUAUUCUUAAAUAUUGUGAACAAAUGCAAAAAACAAUUGAUACUAUUGAAGUAAGUCUUUUCUCUAUUUUAAGUUUGAUGAUGAAUUAUUAAAGAAUCUUAAGCGAGCAAAUAAGUCAAACAUAUCAAAGAUAUCUCUAACAGAAUUAAUAGAAAUAUUUAAAUUAUGGAGUCAAGUCUAAAUAAUUAGAUAAAAUUAUUAAUAACUCACUUAAUUUAUUUAAUCAAUUCCUGAACUUACAUAUGAAUUGAUUUAAUGGAUUUGUUUAAGACCUAAAACUCUCAAAUAAGAUAAAAUCUAAAUAUAAUUAAGCUAAAAGGUUAUUCGUUACAAUCAAUAUGCUUCAUCUUCAGAAGAAGCACUUGAAACUAAUAAACUUAUUAUUAAAGAAGAGGUCUUUCGAUUUCUAUGGGAUAUCAUUCAAAAAUUAGUAUUCUCAUAAUAAUAACUUGAAAAUUCAAUGGUAUUAUUUAAGUCCAUUCUCAAAUUCAUCACAAAAAACAAUUGCAGUGUAUAUGUGUAUAAGAAAUCAGAUUUAUUUAUUUGA